CUGAGGCCAAUUUCUCUCUCAUUUUUUAGCCCCCCUAUUCAAAAAAAAAUGUCAUCGAUUAAGCGAUGAACAGAAGAUAGAAAGGAGGAGAUGAGCCAAAUCGUCGAUUUUAUUUGGCAGCAAGGUUUCCUCUCUGUUGGAAAGCCGUUGCUGCUGAAUUCCUUUACGACUUCACCGCCAUCGCAAUCGCAAUCGCGGAAGCUAGUUCUUCCGCGCCAUCAUCGUCUUCUUCCAGCUUCUACGUUCAAACCGGGCAAGCUAGGUUGAUUUCCUUUUAUUCAUGUAUAUUUCAGAUUUAAAAUUAAACGUAACUAUGAACUUUUUUUUUUUACUUUUCUAUCUUUUGGGUGUUUGAAUCCUUGUUGGUACUCCGUUUUGCAUUUUUAGCAGCUGUUAAUGGCAAGAUUGUUGAGAAUGCUGAGUUGCGUUUCAUCCACAAUGAGGUACGUUAGUAUGUCACUAUCGAUUUUUAAGCAGCAUUUCUGCCCAAGAAAGUGAUGGACUUUGAACUUUUACUUCCCUUGUUUCAUUUACGAUAAUAAAGUGAAGUAAAGAUUUUAAUGUUUCUGGUGUCAAUGGCCACCAAGAAAAGAAGGAACUAUUGUAAAUAAGAUACCACAUAAAUGACUGCAUUACCGUAUUAGUGGAAAUUCAGCUGCAUUCAGUCGUUUUUUGCUGCUUGUAUUGUCAGCGUAGCUACUUUACUGUUGUCAAGUUUAGGCUGAAGAUUUUGAAGGAGCAGAACUGGGCUCAAUUCCUCAUGUGCAAACUCUUAGACAAUUUCCCAGAACGGAGCUCUCGGGAAAAGUUGUCAUGGUUAGAUUUGAUUCCAAGCUUCUCCUCCGGCAACUUCAGGAACACAAGUCGUCUUUUGGCACUACUGUUGCCACCAUCAAAUAUCUACAUGAAGCUGGUGCAAAAAUAACUCUAGUCAGUUCUUGGGAAGCUACAACCAGUUCAAACAUUCUUGCUUCUGAAUCACUUUCUGAGUAUCUUUCGUCACUUCUCCAACUGAAAGUUGUGCCAACACAGUUAACCACAAGACAAAACCACUCUACCAAGCAGGAAUCUGAGAUACUGCUGCUUGAGAAUCUUAGUCAUUUUAAAGAGGAACGAGCCAAUUGUAAAAGAUUUGCCCAGCUGUUGUCAUCUGGGCUUGAUCUCUUUGUCAAUGAUGCCUUUUUUGAAUCCCAUAAAAGUCUCGCAUCAACUGUUGGAAUUUCUCGCUUUGGCUUUUCUUGUAUUGCUGGCUUUGAUUUUGAGGCUGGACUCUCUCAGCUGAAGAAUAUUAUCAGUGCCUGCAAAAGACCUUAUCUGGCCAUUGUUGGAGGAGGCAAUCUUGUAGAUAAAGCUGCGGCAUUGCAUCUUCUAGUGUCUAUAUGUGAUGGUGUAGUGUUUGUUGGUGAUAUGGCUUUUCAAAUAAUGAAUGCCUUGGGAUUGCCUGUUCCCGUGAAAUUGGUGGAAUAUAAUGCUAUUGAAGAAGCUCUUGCCCUAGUCAAGUCUAUGAAAUCUAAAGGCAGAGGAAUUUUUCUACCGAAAGAUUUUCUGUGCAUCAAUAAACUUGAUCUGGCAACAUUUGAGACAUUUUCUGCCACUUGCCUCUCAGAUGGUUGGCAACCUAUUGAUCUUGGCCCAGAUUCUCUUGAGGAAUUCACAAUAUUACUUUCACAGUUUCAGAAAAUUUUGUGGAUUGGUCCAGUAAAGUUUGGCUCCUCAAGUACUGAUACUGGUGGUGCAUCGAAAUUGGCGGCAAUUCUUGAUAGGCUAAGGAGGCAAAACAACUUGGAAACAAUUGUUGUUGGAAAAAUGGCAUGCAAAACCCUUCCAGUGUCUUAUUUGACUUAUAGUAUGAUUGAGAAUGCUUCGCUCAUAUGGGAUUAUCUCAAAGGCAAAAAUCUUCCUGGCCUCAUGGCAUUAGACAGAGCAUAUCCUUGUCAGAUUCAGUGGGAUGAAAUAUAUGGUGACCCAACCCGGCUGCUUGUUGUUGAUAUUGGAAGUGGAAACGGAUUGUUUCUGUCAAAAAUGGCAAGAAAGAGGAAGGAUCUGAAUUUUCUUGGACUGGAGAUCAAUGGAAAGUUGGUAAACCACUGUCUCGAAGAUAUUUCUCAAUUGGGCAUAAAGAAUGGAUACUUCAUUAGAACAAAUGCAACAUCAACAUUUCGAUCCAUUGUUUCGAGUUACCCAGGACAAAUGACUAUGGUCUCGAUACAGUGUCCAAAUCCUGAUUUUAACAAACAAGAAGACCAUCGGUGGAGGAUGCUUCAAAGGUCAUUAGUAGAAGCAAUUGUUGAUUUGCUUGCUCCAGGUGGAAAGGCACUGCAUCUUAUCAGUAAUGAGUUUCUAGGAUUUGCUAAGGCUUUUAACUUAACCGCUGAACAAUUGGUCAUUCCUGCAACUAGGGUCAUGCACGAGGCGGAAUGGCUGGAUGAGAAUCCAUUUGGAGUUCGGUCGGAUUGGGAGCAACAUGUCUUGGACAGAGGUGACAAGAUGUACAGAUUGCUUCUUAUAAAAUCAGCCGAUGAGUGCCUCAAGUAUUGGGAGCUGGAUGGGAAAUGCUUAGGCUGA